AUGUCGUCCUCUCAGUCGCCAAGGAUGAUGCCCCUCAUUCUGCUCAGUGUGGUUCCGUGUGUUAUCGCCACUUCUAACGCCUCAAGGAGCUUCAAGUCAGUAAUCGAGGGUAUCAUCACCGAACCACGAAAGCUGGCUGUUGUUGUCGUGUGCGCCUCUGUUGUGGUAAUCGCCAUCCUCAUGUGGCUGGUGCACAUCAUCGCGGGUUGCGUGCGCAAAAGGAGGUUCCGCAAGACUGGGGGUCAGCCUACUUCCCCUCAGCUACUAAGCAACGACAUUUCCGUUUCAGAGUUGGGAACGUCUGAAAGGGCCACCAAAGUACCUUCUCUGACUCCUUCGACGAGUAACCCGCCCAGUCGCGCUUCCCUGAAAUCUCCCAUCAAUGACGCUGUGAAUACUUUCAACACUGGGAUUCCAGCACAUCUGCCGUCACCUAAAUCGUCAAGAAGAACCAGUCACAGCCAAACUCCCGCCCAUGAGCGACGCCGUCGUCAUCCACAAGGACAGGAUCACGGCUGGCGGGCGGUCUCGCACUCCCCCUCCUCACAUCGUUCUUCAAAAGGAGGACAGUUUGAGGCGAGCGAACAUUAUGGGUCGCUUGUUGCGAAUGAACAAAACCCCAGUUCAGGCGGUCCCCGCUAUGCACGCCAGGGCAGUCGUCGUCACGCAUGCCCGAGCGUUUCCUGGGUGUCGCAGGGAUGCCCAGAAGGCCAUGAUAAACAUCAUUCGAACUCGUCCCAUCGGGGACAACAGCAUGGCACACCCCUCCGUGACAUGGAGACUGUUGUAUUAACUCACACCAUUACCUACCCUUCCAAAUACGCACAAUCUCCUUCGAAGCAGAUACCACAGGAGCACAUUGCAGGGAGUUCUAUCAUGCACCGUCAAGGGGCAGUGUCUCAAAAUCCAAGUGACACGGAACAACAGCGAUACACAAACCGUGUGGACCUGCCUAGUCACCAUGACGCAAGCCCUAUGGUCCUUGUUAACGAUCGGCCCCCACCAUAUUCUGCGAGAUCAAAGGCUUAGCUUACUGUAUAUUUCAAACUGUAACAAGACAAGGGCCAGGGAAGACCACGGGUCGACUUCCCAUGAACCAUGUCGUAGAAACUCGGAAACUCUUC